AUGGCUGUAUUAAAAGCGAUAGUAAGUCUCUAUCGCGCUAGAGAAGAGAACCCUAUAAAAAGAUAUAAGACCAGGGUUAAAGUCGCGGAAGAGAAUAAAUUAUUUUCGUCGUUCCAAAAAAAUAUUAUCGUGUUUCUUGGGCUCAACGAGCAAGCUCAAAAGUUCGGCUUGGGGUCAUUUGACCUGAAAUUUUACCGCCUGACCAAAAUCAAUGGCAAAGCGGAGAAUUACGCCAUAACAACACAGAAGCAACUGGAGCUGGAAUUGCCCUUCUUGCUUGGCUCAGAUGGGGAAAGCGAACUAAACGGUAAGAAAUCCGUAAUUUGAAUAAAAAUGGACUAUAUGUGUGUAUAAAAAUGCUCAGAUUUGCUAUAUUUAGAAGUUGCUGCCAGCAGGCACAUGGUAAUACUUUCGCUAUCGCCAGUCAAGAACCGACUAUGCUCUGGAGUUUUGUAAUUUCUGUAUAGAAUUCUGUAAAAAGCCUAGUCGUAUAACAUUUUUAAUGCACGUUUUUGCUGGAUUAUGUACAAGUCACGUUAAGUUAUUGGAUGCUGCAAAAUACCGGACAAAACGUCCAGGAAAUCGAUGCAAUUUUAAAAAACGCUCAGUGCCCGAUUGAUCAAAGAACAAAGGCGAUAAGUGCUGUGCAGUCGAGCUGGCAAUCAACGCGGGUCACCUUAAUUCAUACAAUUCUGACAAAAAUUCAAUCAUCUUUUUUUCAGUUCAUGUGAUACAGUCUGUCAUUCAAUGGGGGAGGAACCCUGUCGUGGUGGUUAAACGACAAGAUGACAAUGUCAAAAGAAGCAACCCCCAGAACCCUAAGGAAGAAUCGAAAUCAUCAACUAAAGGAAAUCACGUCAAGAUACAAAAGAGGAUAGAGCGCUUGUGAAGAAACUUAAAGAAGAUGAUGCGAUAGCUGUGCGAACCGAUCGUCAACAGAGUGAGCUACGUGCGCUAAAUGCAGGUACAGUAUAUUAAAUUUUAAUAUAACAAUAGCUUCGGCAAAUAUUUCAGUAUAAGCGAAGAAAACGUCCAGAACUCUAUAAAAGUACAAACCUGUCUUUGAUCAAGGAUUUGGGGAUUUCCUGUAAUUAUUUAUUUUCACAUGGCUGAAUUUCUGCAGUCAAAUAUGAGGCUUCUAUAGCAUUCCAUGUAAAAGGAAAAUUCUGCGUUCGAGUUCUGUUCCCACCAUACGUAUGCUUAUGUCGAAUUUCUAAGCAUGAAGGAACUACUAGGAUUUCCUCGUUCAUCUCAGAGUUACCCUCAGCAUCUAAUUCGCCGGGUGGAAAGAGCCAAUGUCGUAUCUAAAAACAAAGCACGUCGACUAAUAACCAAGGCGGAGGGUCUGGAACUUGAACCACUAAAUUUGUUGUACAUGUACACAGCGCACUGGGUUUUGUGAUGCAUCCAAGACCGGUUUAACAGGUUCCGUGUUCAUAUUGAGCUGAGCACGCGAACGAUUAAAAAAAAAAUCAUGGAACAUCGUUAGAUAAAAUUUUUAUUAGACAUUUUUGUGCGGUAUUGCUGUACAUUUGUACUCGUCAUUUUUAUUUUCACUUACCCUUCGGGCUGGCCAAAAUACUGCAAGACUCUUAGAAAUAUACGGCGAUACUACACACUAAAAUUCCGUUCAAGAUAUAUAUCGUUGUGUUUUCAUUUUAGCCCGUUUUAACAAAAAUGUCUUACAGCUGAAUGUAAAAUAGCAUAUUGGAGUUAUGCACAUAUAAUUAUAUCAAAAAGGCCAGUUACUCCUUCUGUAUUUUUAUUAUAAUUUGUUUCAGAGCUUGAGAAACUUGAAGGUUCGACAGCCAUCAAUGAGGCAAAAAUCAAAUGAGGUCUUUGCUGCAAGUCGUACUCAGUUCAACUUGACAGAAAGACGGCAGGAAAAAUAUUAUUCUUCAAAACAAGUAAGUAUUUUUGUGACAACGACAGUAUUUGCGCUUUGCUAAAUAAUCGCUUUUAAUUUACCUUUAAGAACUUUUAUUAUAAAUUUAAUAACGUCCUUUAAUCAGGUUAUAGUGUCAGAAUUUCCACGUGAUCCGACUUCAAUGAGGUAACACCAUACACGGUGUCCCACUCAGCAAUCCUGUAAAACAGCGGAUAUUUAUUUUAAAUUGUUACUUUCAUAUUGAAGUUUACAAGUUUAGUUGUAUGUACGCAUGUGUUUGAAAACUGUCUUUUUCUUUUGUUGUUAUAGCCCACUUCAAUGCAUGUCAAAAAAGAGGAGAGCCGGAGUUAAGGGAGUAAAAACGUUAGAGAACUUCUUUACUAAAGAAGCUGCAAAAUGUUUACCUGAACCUACAGGCUCUAUUCUGACCGUAUCAAAUGACGAUGAACAGGAUCAAUAUGACGGCGCGGACGCAAUUGUUUCUGAGAAGUAAUGUCGCUAUUCUAUGACUUUUGUUACAGUGUACGUUAGUUUAUGUCACAGUCGUUUGUUUAUUUCCUGUAUGUGAUUGCUUAUUGCUACACUUACGAACUGUUCAGAGAAGGGCGAAUAAGCUAGGUUUGGUAAACCUUGAUAGUUUUUGAUUUUCGACUAGACGACGUAUUACAGCGAAUAGUUUUUAAUUAAAUGUGAAAUGUCUAGGAAAUAAAAGUCAAUCUAUUUACCAGAUGCCCUCAAGAGUUCAAUGCAACGUGUUCUUUUAUACAGUGCUAUAUAAUAAGUUGACCAUGAACCUACGAAGAUUAACGACUUGAUCAGUCAACAAAUCAGUUUCGUAACGCAGCAGAUGGCCACUAGGAUACAUUGACUAAGAAACUACUUCAAGAAAAUUUUAGGACCUUGGCGACCUAGUGUUUUUCAUUUACAGUGAAAGUGAUGACUUUGAUAUCGGUAGUCCAUCAGCUACAGCUUUCCCAGCUUACUUGGAAGAGGAAGACUGCGGUGGAGAAAUAAUAGAACGCGGUUCUGUUGAGUUCGAAGGCGGGAAAAGCGAAGUCCCUGUUUCGAGAAGAACAUUGCUCGCGUGACAUUUGCGUUACGUUUAAAAGUUUAUUUAGUUUAAUAUUUCACUUUUUCUUUUCACUUAUUGAUCACAUUGAUUGACAUUGAAAUAUGAGUAAGUUGAUGGUUUUUAGUUAGUUUUUACACAUGUCGUGUCGGAGGUAUGAAUCAGGAUAGCUUUCCCGUUUUUAAUGGUUACACAGUUCAGUUUAACUCUGGAAUCCCGUCACGAAGUAAGUCAGUUGUUUUAAGUCGUUUUUGGUUUUCUUAAGCUUUGUUACAUUCAAUUAUUCGAGUUGAUUUCUGUUAGUGUAAUUUCUGUAAGACCGCAUGUAAUUAGCGGUUAAAUCUGUUCGUGUUUUUAAGAUUAUAUGAUGUGCUUUGGUCUCUUAUUUUUGGUUAGGUUCUGUUGUUUAGGAAUGUUAUUUAUUUUAUUGUUUCAGAUCGAAUAAAUUCUUGUAAAAUUUAUACGGUUCGGGAUUGUUCAGAGUCACGUAAUUUGGUUUUCAUCCGACGGACCAGUUCCUACCUCAAAUGACGAAGACGACACUGAGGAACUUACAGCUGAUGAUUUGAUAUCCUUCACUGUGUAAGUUUUACCAAUGAACUUUGUUGGUUUUGUUAUGCCCGUAUUGGAUGAAUGCUUGUGUUUCAUUAUCACAGCGCACAGUUCUACUGACAGCCCACAAUACCUUACUAAAUAUAGUCUGUAAAAGGUUACAAUUGCCCAAGGUAAAUUUAAUCUAACUGUUUUUUCUUUGUUGGGCUCCACAGAUGCGUAGAGAGGGUUCAUCCAUUGGCCGAAAGGUUACAUAAACAAAUCAAAGAAGGAAAGAUUCCCGAGGAAGGGCGACCCUAAAAGCCGGAACGGUGGAAUGGAGGAAUGGCGGAAAAUGACCCCAAAUCCUAAAGCACGGAACGGCGGAAAAUGACCCCAAAUCCUAAAACACGGAACGGCGGAAAAU